AUGGAAGAUCAUAAUGUUCAUUCUCCCGCCAAUACAUCCCGAUUAUCUGUUGAUAUGUGUGGAUUGGUAACCGAGAAUAGAAAAGCUGACGAUGCUGCAGCCGUGAACGCUGUAUCCUUCAUCACAGACGAGUCGUUCGUCACAGAAGUCGACGAUGACAAUGAUGAACGAGAGGUUGCAGAUUGGGAGAUUGCUGCAUCUGUCACUGAUGAAGGAGAAGUAGCAAACGAUAAAGAACAGCAGGUUGAAGUAGCAGCAGAAGAAGAAGACCAAUGGGCACUAUCCUCUGUUGCCUCUUGGCUCUCGUCUUCUGUUCAAGAAGCAACACAGGCCAUUGACAUUCCUGUCUCUAUUUUGCAGCCAUCGGAUGAUGAUUGCGUGAACGAAAACAAUGCCAAUGGUGACAAUGGUGAUAGGGAUAACGACAAUAAGGAUGAUAACGACGACGAUGUUUCUCUCGGCAAUGGAUCACUGGCAUCCAUCUUGAGUUCCAUCGGAUACGUGUCUGCAGGUAGUAAGGCAUCCUCACUUUCAAGAAAAAGCCUUGGCUCCCUUUCCUCGUCACGGCAUUCAUCCUCACGACCAGAGUCGCAUUUGUUAAAACUUCCCAGCAACCUACUAUUGGACGACAUUAGCACAGGGAGUGUCGAAUUGUUAUUUGUCGGCGAUGGUGAUGACAACAACUCCAUAUCACCUUCCGUUGCACAGGAUGCCACUAGUCAGGGCAAUCAAAAUCAAUGCAUUGCUGCUGAUGAACAAUCGAAUCACAAUGAUUCGAAAUCAUCAACAGCUACUACUGGCAAUAUCCUUGCACCUAUGGAUGGUGAUGAUUCCAAAAUAGUAGAGGAUGACCCAAGGUCCUCCCUUCUACAGGCACCCGAUCUAAAAUCUCCAACAGUACCGGAUCAUGAUGAUUCCAAUGACCUAUUGAAGAAUGUGCCCAUCAUUGCUUCUUCGUCGUCCAAUUCACCCGAUCUAAAAUCUCCAACAGUACCGGAUCAUGAUGAUUCCAAUGACCUAUUGAAGAAUGUGCCCAUCAUUGCUUCUUCGUCGUCCAAUUCUCUAUCUCGGCAGCCCUCGAUUGUCUCUGAAAACGGCUCUGUCGGUGAAGACGAUUGGGGACCUGGUGGUGAUGAUUCAAACGACCAUGACAUUGAAUCGGCCAUGCCACAACCUGGUGACGGCUCGAACGUCAAUGACAUUGAGUCCGCGAUGCCAAAUUCAAAGACCAGCACCACCAAGCAUAAGGAGGAUGACGAUUCCACAGAAAUAUCACCCACGAAACCCACGUCCAAAAAGUUGCUGCAGUUGGACACCUCCGAUGACACGGCAUUUACAACCAACGAGGAUGAUGACUCUGCCACAAAAGGCAGCAACAGCAGCUUUGAAAAGAAAAAGACAAUUGGUCAACUCUGCCACAAGUGGUCCAAACAUAUUGCUUGCUAUUGCAUUCUGCUAGGUAUCUUUGUGUCCCUCAUGGUGGUUCUCAGCAACGGAUAUUUUGAUACUGGUGACAGUGAUGAUGCAAGAUCCAGUGCCGCCGUAAUUGCAGCGACCACGCCAUCCUUCAUGCCUUCCAAUCGGCCCACCAUGCUACCAUCCAUUUCGGUGCCACCCUCCUUUGUUCCCAGUGAUUUGCCUUCCCGAGUUCCUUCUAGUAUGCCAUCCAGAUUGCCCAGCACGCUUCCCACGAUUGCACCCUCUAGUUUACCAUCGACCAUGCCAACUUAUCAAGAGCUCGAGACCAUAUUUUAUGCGAUAGGGGACGUUCCCUACAACAAUGUGGAAAAGAAUCAAUUGAAAACAACCAUGACCGAUCGUGUCCCAGCGGAUGGGGAAUUCCUCAUUCAUGUCGGUGACAUUCGAGCCGGACAAUUUCCCGACCAACCAUGCAGGCGAGAAGAAUACAUGGAAAUCAGGGAUGUUCUACUUCGAUCCCAUAUUCCAGUCUUUAUCAUUCCGGGAGACAACGAGUGGUCCGAUUGUCCCAAUCGCGACGAAGCUCAGGGGUUCUGGCUCGAAGCGUUUGGAGACUUGGAACAAAAUUGGGAGCAUUCCUUCAGGGUUGAACGAAAUCCCACCCGACCUGAGAACUUUCACUUUUUCCACAAGAGGACUCUCUUUUUUGGUGUGAAUCUGGUGGGAGGGGACAUUGUCGACCGAUCCUCGCAUUCGAUUCAGCUACGGGAACAGUUUGGGUGGGUGAAGGAAAUUCUGGACCAGCACGUAGUGAACAAUGAUGCGCUAUCCGUGGUAAUCUUUGGGCACGCAUUUCCUAGAAUGGUACAUGAAGCUUUCUUUGCCCCCUUGAGGAGAUACAUUCGCCAGGAUUUGAAGAAUGAUAUCCCAGUAAUGUACUUGAAUGGGGACUAUCACUUUUAUGAAUUUGAGGAACACUACAGAGGACUUGAAAACAUGCAGCGACUCCAAGUUGACUUUGGGACCAUUAAUCCACCAUUGAAGGUUGCUGUCUCUGUAUCCGGUGACCCAAGCUGGAACAGGACGUUCUCGCAUGAUAGGAUGCUAUGA